AUGAGUAUAUGUCGACAAAUUCGUCUAGUUUUAUGGAAAAAUUUUACCAUUCGACGUAGACGAUGGUCUUAUCAAUCAGAAACAAAUAUAAAAGAAUCAUUUUGUAUUAAUGAACAAUUUAAUCAAACAUUUUUAAUUAAUCGACUACAAUCAAUUGAAACAAAAAAUUUUUUAUGUAAUAAUUUAUCAAUAAUUGAUUUAAAAUUUUUUUUAAUUAAUACUAAUAUGGAAUUGAAUAUUGGUCUCACUGGUUUACAGAUUAUGGAAGUUGUUCAAAAUAUUCGUUCUCAAUUAGAAAUUCUCAAUAAUGAUUUUUCAUUUGAAGGAAGUAACAAUUGGUCUAGGAUUGAAUCAAAUAUCUAA